AUGAUCCACUUUUUCCAAACAACAUUGGAGGAAAGCUCACUGAUCCAGGCGCUACCUGCAGUAACCUUUUAUCAACUCAAAUUCAAUGCAGUCUUUUUUGGCAACUUUAUCACCUCUGAAGCGCAAGAUAUCUUUGGCCUACUUGCUGUCGGAGGCGAUUUCAAUGCACAUGCUUGCACUGUCAAUACGCAGCAUGGCGCAGACUGCUCGGAUGUAGUCAAUCGUUUCGAUGGCUAUGGCUUAAUUGUGGGUAGAGAAGACCCUAACUUCAAGUACAGCGACGUACAUGUACAUGGCGCUGUCUUUUUACCAGACGCCAGCGAGCGGAUGGAUGUGGAGGAACUGGAUAAUGCGUGCUCUGUAUACAAUGACAGAGGCACUGGCCUUAUGAACUUUACUCAGGUCCAACUGAGUUCUGUUGCUAUCUCUCAACAGUUCUCUUUGCUGCCGCCUACGCUGCAUCUCAGCGCCGAUGGUACCUUGACAAGAGUUGGCACAAACACAUAUGAUUAUGAUGUUAUCACGUUUGGCUCAUGUGGCAGUUGCAGUUAUGGCGAAACUUUCUCGUCUCCAGACGCCAUUCACUACGGUAUAGGAGACUGGAAUGGCCCUAUGGGCAUGUCCUGGCCUUCUCGCCUGAUAAUCAAUAUAGCCGUCCUUGGAGGCACGACAAUAGCCGUGCAAGGAAACCAGCCAAGUUUAGGAAUGAACGUCUGCAACACUGUCCUAAACUUCUACCCUUCGGAUAACGUGGGAUCCUAUGCGUCAGGAACAUUUCAACUGGACAGAGCCACGGGUGGACAACUGGGAGGUUUUAUACUUUUGCCAGAAGGUGGUAUUAUUGAUGAAAACCAUGGUGAAUUCGCUGGACAGAUUGUAGCAAACAAUUAUCGCUGGAUUUGCAAUGGCAUUGAUAUACAUGAUUACCAAGCAAUUGGGGGCAACUGUCGCACGACAGAUGUGUGCUUACCUGUCUUUAUAGACGACACUGUUGAUAAUAGGCCCAUCAAGAUAGACCCUCCCUCCCUUGCCCACAAUAGCGACUACAAUCCUAAUGUAUUGUGUAGCAAUACCAAUAAUGGAAAUGUCCAUAGCUCUGAAUCCAGUUCAGAGAGUAACAGCAGUUCAGAGAGUAGCAACAAUAGUUCAGAAAGCAGCAGCGAGAGUAGUAGCACCGCAAACCCCCUAUUAAGCAGCAAUGAUCAAACCCCUACAUCUACAUACUGCCCAACAGAAACCAGUACUGAAUGCCAUGUGCAUCAACAUCAUGUAACAAGAACGCAAUACCAAUGCGAGCAAGGGUUUUAUCAUGAUGAAGAGGUGCUCGUAUGCGAAGAUGACGGUCAUCAUCACCACCGAAAAGAUGACUACGUUGGCGAUGAUGAUGAUAACUUUGAAGAUGAUCCAGAAUUCGGAUUAUAUAACCUUUAUGAAUUCGAUGAAGAAUGCGAUGUUGAUCACGGUGUUGUUAAUGAUGACGAUCAAGGCGACUACAGAUAUUACCAAUACAUGAGCAAAACACACUAUUCUGAUGAUGAAGAAGACGAAGAUGAUGAUGACGAAGAAGAAGACGAAGAUGAAGAUGAUAAUGAAGAAAACGAAGAUGAUGAUGAAGAAGACGAAGAUGAUGAUGAAGAAGACGAAGACGAAGAUGAAGACGAAUACGAAUACGAAUACGAAGAAGACGAGGAAGACGAUAAAGACGAUGAUACCUACUAA